CCGGAACCACGAUUUCCCCGUAGGCAAAUCGCUGGCGGGAAACCGGGGUUUGGUUCCCGCCAAUCUCCUCCCUGUUUCUGCUUUUUGCGGGAGAGAGAGAGAGACACUGAGAUACAGAGAAAGAGAGAGAGAGGCAGUGAGACACAGAAGAAGAUGCAGAUUGAGGUGAAGUGCAGCUGCGGCGCUGAGAACUGUCCGGAAUGGGCGAUCGUGGAGCUGCAAGGCGUUGUCGAGGUCCAGCCUUCCCAUCGAGACGGAAUUCAGAACCUCGAAAUCGGACGCCUUUGCCGGCCUUCCUCUGAAGAAAAGUAUACUCUCACGAUUGGUUAUCACGAACUGUCGGGAACGAAGGUCACCUUGAAGAAGCCCCUGGCCGUGCUGAAGAAAGUCAAGCGAACGGACGACGGUGACCAUGGUGACGGCUCUUCUUCAGGCAAGGUGGAGCUGGACGUUGUGGGCGUCAUACGGCACAAGAUUCUGUUCAAGACCAGACCCAAGGCCCUAAUCUCCAAACCUCCUGAACCGGCAGUGAAGGAACGAGCCAGCAGCACUAGCUCUAAGAACUGAUGGAAAGGGCAGAUCGAAUGGGGAAUGGAAAGCGUGAUUUGAUUCGCUAUUCCUGAAUUGCUAGUUCAAUCUCUCAUGAGUAUUUCUAAGCUUCAAUCUUUUGCAGAAAUGUAACCAGUUAUGGAUAUGGCAGAAAAGUUCUGAACUUUCUUUCAAUGCUGUAUCUCUAAUGAAUAAAGUAAAUCUAU